AUUGUUACAGUUUGAGCCUGAUUCAUGCUCUGUUUUUUCAACUAGGGUUCCCAAAUUUCUUUAAUUUCCGGGACUGCAUGUUAGUUAUGUUGGUUUUUGCUUAGCAUUUCAUCUGUCUUAUUGGUACUAAUCAUGUAUCAUGUGCGUCGAAUUCAAAGAGACAAAGAACCAAAGUGCAAUAUUGAGAAGAAAGUUCUGCUUGAUGGGAAAUUUCUGGGAUACAGAACAGAGACUUUUGUUACUGGACCUGAAUGGAGUCUUCGGAGGAAAAGGGUGAAAGAGGCUCUUAAAGUUUUCAGGGAAAAUCUCAAUAAGAUCUCAGGAGAACGGAGAAAGAAACACCAAGGUGAGAGUCACUGGAGUGAUCAUCUGAAGGCAGCCAAACUGACCCAGUGUGUUAAUGAAAACAAGCAAUUUGGCCAUAUUCCAGGAAUUAGAAUUGGAGAUUCCUUUUUAUAUAGAGCUGAACUGAAAAUUAUUGGCCUUCAUUGUCAGUUCUUAAAUGGUAUAGAUUAUAUAAAGUUGCCAAAUGGGAAAACUUUAGCCACCAGCAUUGUUGAUUCUGGGCGAUAUGCCAAUGAUGUGGGUCCUUCUCACACACUGAUAUACUGUGGACAUGGUGGAAAUCCAAAUGCUACUGGCAAGGGCAAGCUUAAUGAUCAAAAGCUUGAAUUUGGAAACCUUGCAUUGAAGGGUAGCAUGGAAGAAAAGGUUCCGGUGAGGGUGAUUCGAAAGUUCCAGGGAAAGAACUCCCAGGACUACAAGUAUGUCUAUGAUGGGUUGUACGUUGUGGAUACCUUCUGGCAGGAAAGAGGAGAAUUUGGCAAACUCAUUUUCAAGUUUCUGUUGAAAAGAAUUCCUGGCCAACUGGAGCUUAAUUGGGGAAAGUUCCUGAACUAAACUGACUAGUCAAGUUGCCAGAGGUUUAGCAACUUCUUUUGUUAGCAGUAAUAUUCAAGCCAAGGGAGGUGCAGUUUUUUCUGGAGGUUUCUAUGGAAUCUAACUUUUUGUAGGAGUUCUGAGGACAUUAGAAUCUGCGUCCUUGAAAUGUUUUGCGUCUUGUAAGUAUUCCUACUUGAAUGCUUGAUGGAUGAAUGACUAUGCUGUAUACAUAUGACAUGAUGAUACUUACAAAGUUGUCAGCCAAGUUAGAAAGUUAGAUGUUGAUCAAGUGAUAGAAAUGAUGUAUAUUCUAUCUUUCAAAAUAUUAU